UGAAAAGCAGCUCCUCUUUGUAGGGAACAGCUGGAAUGCUGUUUCUAUAGAAAUGAGCUUUGCUAGCGUUUGCGAGAAGCACUUUGAUAAAUAACUGUGUUCUGAGCCAUGAUGGGUGAGCUUUUCAGGUUAAAACUAGCCCUUCCAGCAUUGUGGUUUCCAAGAAAGCUUGAUUUACUUCUGGCAACGAUCACUGGCUUUCACUAAGGAUGUCUGGUCCUCGUAAAGAGUUUGACGUGAAGCAGAUUCUAAAAAUCAGAUGGAGGUGGUUUGGUCAUCAGGCGUCAGCCCCUAACUCGGCAAUUGAAAACCACCAGGGAGACUUCUGGAAUAGAGGACAACAUGUAACAAGCACUUCUACCAAGUUUUUAGAUUCAGGUAACCUACCUUUAACAUCAGAUGGUUACAGAAGGUCCAGCCAACAGGAUUUCCAGAAUUCACCUUUCUGGCCAAUGGCAUCCAGCUCAGAAAUCCCUACAUUUGAAUUUGCAGCAGAAGACUGUGGAGGUGCACGUUGGCUUGACAGACAAGAAGCAGAUGAUAGAGCAAGUGAAGAAGAAAAUGAAUCGGACAGCAGUUCGUGCAGCAGAACUUCCAACAGCAGCCAUACCUUAUCAUCUUGUCAAACUAUGGAGCCCUGUGCCUCAGAUGAAUUCUUUCAGGCUCUCAACCAUGCUGAACAGACUUUCAAAAAGAUGGAGAAUUAUCUCAGACACAAACAGCUGUGUGAUGUGGUGUUAGUGGCUGGUGAUCGUAAAAUCCCAGCUCACAGAUUGGUUCUCUCCUCUGUUUCGGACUACUUUGCAGCAAUGUUCACUAACGAUGUAAGGGAAGCAAGACAGGAGGAGAUCAAGAUGGAAGGUGUGGAGCCAAGUGCAUUGUGGGCUCUGGUUCAAUAUGCAUAUACAGGUCGCCUUGAAUUAAAAGAAGAUAAUAUUGAGUGCCUGUUGUCUACAGCUUGCCUUCUUCAGCUGUCUCAAGUUGUAGAAGCAUGCUGUAAGUUCCUAAUGAAGCAGCUUCACCCCUCCAAUUGCCUUGGAAUCCGAUCUUUUGCUGAUGCACAGGGCUGCACUGACUUGCACAAGGUGGCUCACAAUUACACCAUGGAAAACUUCAUGGAAGUAAUUAGAAACCAGGAAUUUCUGUUGUUGCCAGCCACUGAAAUUGCAAAGCUUUUAGCAAGUGAUGACAUGAACAUUCCUAAUGAAGAAACUAUACUGAAUGCACUACUGACGUGGGUUCGACAUGAUCUGGAACAGAGAAGAAAAGAUCUCAGUAAACUCCUGGCUUACAUUAGACUGCCUCUGCUUGCUCCACAAUUUCUGGCAGAUAUGGAAAAUAAUGCACUCUUUAGGGAUGACAUUGAAUGUCAAAAACUCAUUAUGGAAGCAAUGAAGUACCAUCUGUUGCCAGAGAGACGACCUAUGUUGCAAAGUCCUCGCACCAAACCUAGAAAAUCUACAGUGGGCGUGCUGUUUGCAGUUGGAGGAAUGGAUGCAACAAAAGGAGCUACAAGCAUUGAGAAGUAUGAACUUCGUACCAAUAUGUGGACUCCUGUUGCAAACAUGAAUGGCCGAAGAUUGCAGUUUGGAGUUGCAGUCUUAGAUGAUAAAUUGUACGUCGUGGGAGGCAGAGAUGGACUGAAGACAUUGAAUACUGUGGAGUGCUACAACCCCAGAACAAAAACUUGGAGUGUAAUGCCACCUAUGUCCACUCAUCGUCAUGGUCUGGGAGUAGCUGUUUUGGAAGGUCCAAUGUAUGCUGUAGGAGGACACGAUGGCUGGAGCUACCUGAAUACAGUAGAAAGAUGGGAUCCACAGGCUCGUCAGUGGAACUUUGUAGCUAGUAUGUCAACUCCAAGGAGCACUGUUGGUGUAGCAAUAUUAAAUGGAAAGCUUUAUGCAGUUGGUGGUCGAGAUGGAAGUUCUUGUCUUAAGUCAGUAGAGUGUUUUGAUCCUCAUACGAACAAAUGGACCCUGUGUGCUCAGAUGUCAAAAAGAAGAGGUGGUGUAGGUGUAACCACUUGGAAUGGUUUCUUGUAUGCAAUAGGUGGCCAUGAUGCCCCAGCAUCAAACUUAACAUCCAGACUUUCAGACUGUGUAGAAAGGUAUGAUCCAAAAACAGAUAUGUGGACUGCUGUGGCCUCUAUGAGCAUUAGCAGAGAUGCAGUGGGAGUCUGUCUUCUUGGUGACAAGUUGUAUGCUGUUGGAGGAUAUGAUGGGCAAACGUACCUUAAUACAGUGGAGUCUUAUGAUCCCCAGACAAAUGAAUGGACACAGGUUGCACCAUUAUGCUUAGGAAGAGCUGGAGCAUGUGUUGUGACUGUGAAACUGUAAAUGAUUUUGUCUAUGAAGGUGAUGUUCUCCUCUGUAGACUCAGAGGAUUUAUUUUUUCCCACAGCAAAUUACCAGUGCACCAAUGAAGACAAGGUGCGGGAUACCUACCAUGGGGAAGUGUUUGGUCUCAAGUUGACACGUUCAUGUUGUUCCUAAAGACUGAAACAAAGCACUUUUAAGAAAGAAAUAAUCUUUGUUACCUAUGUUACAUAAAUCUUAUUUGUAAGAAAAUCAGCUGCAACCUGCCAGUUUCAAGCAGGGGACUUCUGUUUAGGAAGUGCUAAGAAAUUAGUGAACUCAUUAUAACAAAAUGUUGUAGAUCCAGAGCUGUGAUCACCCAAACAUGGAGAGGAAUGAUGUUGUCGAUGGAUAUACUUCCACUGGUAUAAUUAAGUCUGUCUCUGAGUGAAACAAGUUACAGGACUGGAUCCCUUGUAUUUAAUUUGCUGGUAUUAAACAUGUUUGGCUGUAGGUCUCUGAGCUGCUACAGUGCAGGUUGACAAGCCAAUGCAAACCAUUGUAAAUGGCAGGCUUAGCACCUGCCUUGGAAAUGAAGUUGUAUAUUUGAUGAAUCUUUUGCACUUUUAUUAUCAUUCCUAGUUUAGCAAACUUUUUAUUUAACCAAAGCCUUAUUUUAAAUAUUGUCUUAUUAUGCUAACAGAAACCUGCUAUUUAAUGAUUUCUGCCAGAGGUUGUUCUUUUCACAUCCAGCAUACUACUUGGAUUUUCAAAGUUUUUGUGAGAUACAGAACAUCAUACCUCUAUCUCUGCUUUUUUGUUCCUAUAUCUACUUUGCUAUUUUACAGGGAGAGGAGGGGGGGGAAUCUAUAAGCAUGAACUAUUGGAGGAAAUCUAAAGUGUGAUUCAAAGUUAACCAAUUUAAGUUUAGUAUUUGCACUUCAGAUUUUGUGAAGCAUUCCAUUCCAUCUAGACUAAUUCCAUUUUUACGUGAGGCUUUGCACUAAUUUGAAAAGAAAUCUAUACUUUUAUAAGAUGAAGUGAGACAAUUGUCUGUCUUUCCAGUAAGGUUACACCAAAAUGCAAAGGGCCCAGUCCUGCAAGAAACUCCACCAUUUAAGCACAUACAGCAUCUUACAAGGGAGUUCUGUGUGCCUCGCAGGAUUGUAUCAGAUUAGUUACCUUCUUUAACAGUCUAAUUUUUUUCAGAUGCUUUAUAAUUUGCCUUUUCUGAGCCCCCGUGCUGUUACAGAGGAUUGCUUUGAAUGGUCUGAAUGUUCUCAGAAAGUCUUUUUGUAUUUGCUUUUCUGUGCCUUGUUCCUUAUGUUUCCAGAACCAUAGGUGGUAACGUGUGUUUGUAAUGGGAAAGGGGAAGAUGUGAGCUCAUUGAAUGUUUUCCAGAAGUUUUGAAGCAUCUGAUACCCCAAGUCUUUGUACCUUUGUAAUUUAAGAUGUGUUAAUGCUCUCGGUGAACUAUUUAUUGUUUCAAAAGAAAUUACUAAGCAGUGAAACUUUGCGAUGAAACCUGCACUGUUCGCAUUCGAAUACAGCUGAAGUUAAACACA